AUGGCCACAGUGCCGCCUGGGCCUAGUAGCGCACUGCCCGCAUCCCCGGCUGAAAGUGCCCCUUUCCCCGGGGCUGGGGCCGAGGACGGAGGGCCGCGUCGCCCCGGGGAGGACUCCGCGUCCGGAAACCCGCUCGCCCAAGACGAGAAGACGGUCAAGAAGAAGCCGAAAAACAUGCUAACUCGAGCUAGCCCGCCGGCGUUGCACCUGAAAAUGCCAGCCGGGGAACAGCAGCAGCAGCAGCUCAACGGUUUGGCCGCUAGCCCCGCGGAGGAGCCUGGGGGAGCACCGGCGGACGGCUGUGACAGCGGCGACGACGACGACGGGACCCCGAACUGCCAACGUGAAGGCCCUCGCUCCAAAAACGGCCGCCACUCGCCGCUUGUUAACAAUAGCAUGAACGGAAUGCCGGCCCGGACGAGAACUCAGGCGGCGACGCUCGCUUCCGAGAGCUCCGGAGACUCGGAACAGCCGCAGCCGCCCUCGGACGAGCUCGCCCGGCUGGAGUUGGGCAGCUUGCCGGGGGAAGAGACCCAUGACAUUUGUUACGUGCGCUACGAGUCCGAGCUACAGAUGCCGUGGAUCAUGAGACUGAUCACCAAGGACUUGUCUGAGCCUUACUCCAUUUACACGUACAGGUACUUCAUCCAUAACUGGCCGCAGCUUUGCUUCCUGGCCAUGGUGAAGCAAGAGUGCGUCGGCGCUAUCGUGUGUAAGCUGGACAUGCACAAGAAGAUGUUCCGGCGCGGCUACAUCGCCAUGCUAGCCGUCGACUCCAAACACAGAAGGAAAAGCAUCGGUACUAAUCUGGUCAAGAAGGCCAUCUACGCCAUGGUGGAGGGCGACUGCGAUGAGGUGGUCCUGGAGACGGAAAUCACCAACAAGUCCGCGUUAAAGCUAUACGAGAAUUUAGGUUUUGUUCGAGACAAGCGGCUCUUCAGAUACUACCUGAACGGCGUGGACGCGCUCAGGCUCAAACUGUGGCUACGUUGA